AAAUAAACAAAUAAUAAUAAAAAAAAACGAAAGACCAGAAACACAGUUCUUUCUCUGGUGUGCACAUCGAGGAAAAACCAAACGGGCAUAGUGGGAAUUUGGUUCCCGUUCCCAACUCAAUCCGGAGUCGGCACUGAUCGGUUGGAUCAAUCCCCGAUCUCGUACCCGAUCGUGAAUUUUAAGGACGGUUAAGUGUGAUUGAUUCGGUAUUUAUUGACAAUCGCUGAAUUUUGAUGAGGGUUUCUGAUUCUGCGGGGUUAGGGUCCGGUUUGGGAGCUUUGAUUUGUGUGUUUUGGUGCGUCUUUCGUGGGAUUCGGUGAUGUUGGACUUCAGGGAAGGAGGGUGUGUGAGGGGGUUAGGGUUUUGGGGUUAGAACUAGGGUUCGGGUUAGGGUUAGUGUCUGGGCGGGAUGGUGGAUAUGGAAGGGAAUCCCAAGCUCGAGGGAGGCGAGGCUCGCUAUUUCAAGGGUGAUGAGGACAAGAACAUAGAUCCUGACAUUGCUCUUUCUUACAUUGAUGAGAAGAUUCAGAAUGUGCUCGGCCAUUUUCAAAAAGAUUUCGAAGGUGGGGUUUCUGCUGAGCAUUUGGGGGCAAAAUUUGGUGGCUAUGGCUCGUUUUUACCAGCUUAUGAACGCUCCCCUUCUAUUUUGUCUCGUCCGAAUUCUCCACAAAGAAACUACAAUGUGUCCAGAUCUAAUAAUUUACCCAUCGAGGGUGCCUCUCAGAAUUUGAAAGCUCCCCCAAACACAGCCCCACCUUCGAGGCUUGGUAUUACUUCCUGUAGUGCCCAUCAAUUGCAUAAAUCACGCAUUCUUUCCAUGGAUGUUUCCCUCAAACAAAGUCAAGUUAGUGAGAUGAGUCCCUUGAAAGAUGAAACUUUGAACAGACUGGGCAAUCCAACUGACCAAAGGCCACUUAAAGUUCGAAUAAAAAUGGGUUCAGAUAACUCUGGACGUGGGAAUGCAGCAAUUUAUAGUGGGCUUGGACUUGAUUACUCCCCAUCUUCAUCACCGGGGAACAGCCUGGAGGAGAGUGAAGGCGUGUCACCCACAUCUCAAGGGACCUUUGAUAACUCUCCAGCUAGUAUCAUUCAGGAAAUGACAUCCUUCACCAUCCCUGGUGGGGUACUGAUAUCGCCUCUUCAUGACAGUCUGCUUUGGUUGAUGAGAAAGGAAAAAGUAUAUAGUAUCGGUAGGCCCAUACCACCCCUUAAAGGACAUCAAGAACACUCUGCCAUGUUAGUAGAUGAGUCACAUUCAAUCAUGGGAAAUGGGAAAGUGUUCAAGGAAAAGAGAACAAAAUCAAUGAAAAGGGACAGGCUAGUAAAAUUGAAGUAUGGGAGUACAGUUUUGGAUGACACGGCAUUAGAAAUGAAGAAAAUAUCAGUAAAUGAAACCAUAGAAGCUAAGGAGCUUUUGAUUGGUGACUUGAAAUGCACUCACAUUUCCAAGUCAGUGAAAGAGGCUGGUGGAGUAUCUGAACUUCUUAGGGAGAGUAACAAGGAUGGUGGGAAAAGUAAAUUACUUGCCUCUGAAUUAGUGAAAGAAGAGUCUUCAGAGUCAAUAUCUGGCCAGGAACAUGGCAAGAGUCAGAAGCGAAAUCCUAGGAGCAGUUUAGUGGAAAAUGUUUAUGGAAACAGAGUGGUAAAUUCCCACAGGGAUGUUUUAAUCGACUGUAAGGAUGUCAGCAGUGGUCAGAAAAUUUCUGCCUCCUCAAAAAGUUGUUCUGAUGAGUCCAAAUGUAAGGAAGAGCCAAAUCCUCAAAAAAAUAAGAUUGGUUGGAAAGCUACAUUUCGUGAAGAUGAUGAAGUUAAUCUUCCUUUUAAGACAGAAGAGCUGUCAUUUGAGGGCAAAAAGAAGUCAAAGGGGAUACGGAGUAACGGCAAGCCAGUUAACUUUUCAGUAAACGAAAGCUUGAGGCCUGGUGAAAGUGCAGAACCAAGUAAUAAAAGGAGUACUGGUUAUGGUGGUAUUGUCUGUAACAGUAAAGUUCAAAGGAAAACGUCACAGAAGGAUUAUAAGGGCAAAGAUAGUCGUAAUGAUUCAUUGUUGUUAACGAAUUUAAAAGAGAAGGAUAAUCGAAUGGAUCCAGUGGAGAGGCCUGGUGGUGAUAGAAAAAAAGAUGCUAACCUUGGUGCUUUUGAAUUGCAACGGAAUGUGUUCUUGGAUAAAGGAAAGGGAAGAUCAAGUGGUAAGAAAAUUGAUAAGCAAUCAAUAUAUGGGCCAUCUAUAAAAGAUGCUUCAACUGCAUGUCCUAUUACAGAAAACGGACUCGCUUCUGAGAUGGUACCACCAAUGGCAGUUCCAGUAGUUAUAGAAGAAGAUUGGGUACAGUGUGACAGAUGUCAGAAGUGGCGGCUUUUACCCUUUGGUACAAAGCCAGACCAACUACCUGAUAAAUGGUUGUGUAGCAUGCUAAAUUGGCUGCAUGGUAUGAACCACUGUGACAUUAGUGAGGAAGAGACAACAAAAGCCCUCAAUGCGUUGUAUCAAUUACCAGUUCCUGAGAGUCAGAACAACUUACAAAAUCAUGUCACCGGAACUACAUUGGGAGUGUCCUUUGGUGAUAAGCAACAUCUUGAUGAGAAUAACCAGAAUUUGAGUUCCCAUCCCAUCUCUAACCGAGGAAAGAAAAAACCCGGUUUUAAGGAAAAAGCAAAUGCAGGAACCAUUGGUGGCCCCUUUCAAGUCUCUAACUCUACAAAGAUUAAGCUACAAGAAUCAGAGAAAAGCAGGAGCUUAAAUGACUCAAACCAGCAUCUUGCAGAAGCAAAUCCAACGAAAAAAUCUAGUUAUCAACAUUUGAGUGUGUUGCACAACUUGGUUGCAGAAAAAGAUAUGCCUAGUCAGAGAGAAAAACCAAUUAAUGGAGGAGGUGAUGUGAGACAAAUAAAAAUGAAAAGCAAGAGGGAGGCUGAUGAAUAUGGAUGUGGAACCUCUAAGAAGUCCAAAACAGAGGAUAUGCAUGCCGAUAAACACAAGACUCUCAAAAUGGGCCGUGGGAGGGUGCAUAUCAGUUCAAGUUCUUUCUUGCCAACUAUGGGAAGUGGAAAUGUUAUCCAGAAAUAUGAUGGAUUUUUACCUGAGGGCACAAAGUGUGAGGUCAAUGACAAGGUAGUAGCUUCUGUUAAGAAACUGGGAGACAAAGCGAGGGUCUCAUCUGACGGUGGAUCCCUGGAAAUGAGAAUGUCUAGCAAAAAGGAUAUGUCUUUGAAGAAAAGGAAAUUGAAGGACCAGGAGAUCAGCAAGAAUAAGAUAGAGACAUUUCCUAAUUCUGCACCUGAUGGCAGGGUAUAUGAGAAAGAGGAAAGAAGUGAAAGAGGAUCCAGGAAGGAAAAGAAGUUCAGGUUUUCAAAUACUGAGGUGGAGUCGAGACCUAAUGAUGCUACUGAUAAGUUGAACAAAAAAGAUGGGAUGUCAGGAAUUUUCUCGUCAGACAUUAGAGAUCAUCUGGUCGAUGGUAUGGAAGAAGCGAGGAGAAAUGAUAAGGACCAGCAACUCCGAAAACAUAAAAAGAAGAUUGUUUCUGAACGGACAACAGAUGUUGUUUCAUUGAGGAGGGAUUUGGGAUCCGGACAGGUUUCAAUGGCAGCCAAUUCAAGCUCUUCCAAGGUUUCAGGAUCCAGUAAAACUAGAGCCAACAUUGAAGAAGUGCGAGGUUCUCCAGUGGAGUCAGUUUCUUCUUCUCCUUUGAGGACCUUUAAUUUAGACAAGCUUACAUCAGCAGGAGGGGACAUUGCAGGGAAAGACGAUGCUAUGAACAGUGUUCCCCCUGUGAUGGGUGAUUUCAGAAGAUGCUCAGAUGGGGAAAGGAAUGCUGAGAUCAAUCUGCCUGAGACAGUGAUUUGUCUUGAACCCCUUAAAUUUUCUGCACUAGAGUGUAUGGAUGGAGAUGCUAAUCACCAAUUAAGUGGUAAAGCCAAUCCUUCCCCUGACACUAGGAAUAGCCAUUUGCCUAAUGGUGAUGUUGAUAUGGUUGAGCAAAAUGUCCGGUUCCUCAGUGAUCUGCGUGCUCCAGAACAUAGCCGGGACGAGGAUAGAGGGAAGAAGAAUUGCCAUUACAAGGCAGUUCUGCAGAAAGCUGAUAAGGGUACUGGUUUGCGAUCUAGGGGCAAGAGCAGAAGUUCCAUAUCUGAGUUUGAUGGAGAUAAGAUAAAGAUAUCUGAUCCAGUUAAUGAGUAUACAAAGAAGAGCCAGAGGAUUGACUUAGAGAUUGACUCUAAUCACCGAGUUCCUGUUCAUGAAACAACAGCUGAUGUUAAACACAGUUUUCCUAAAAAAACUAGCAUUAAGUUUCGCAAGGAUGAGAAGAAUCAUGCUCGUAAGAGGGAUCCUGUAGGACAAUGGUCAAGUGAGAGUCGAAUGGUUACCAAAUUAAAAGAAAAAGGGCCUGACGGUUUAGAUAUGAAACCGGGUGCUCAAUGUAGGAGUAAUGGGAAGCUUGCCCCCCAGCAUGGCUUGAUUCAGGACUUUGAGGGUGAAAAUAAAGCUGAUUUGACACAAAUGAAGCAAAGAGUUGGGAAAUCAAAGUUUUCACUUUCUUUUGGUGAAGGUAAACUAGAAAAAGUAUCCCUGGGUUGUGCACCUGUACCAGGACCCCAGAAGUUGAAUGGAGCUAUUCACGCACCUGGUGAUGUGUCAAAAACAUCAAAAGAUUCCGGGAAGGUUGAUAAUGCCAAUCGAGUUAAUCUUAGUUUGGGAAAUCUUCAGCCUGAUAGGCAAGGGGUCAGAGAUCUCAAAGCCUCAAGUCCCGGGAGACUAAUUUCCUCCAGCCAGACUGCUACAAACACCCUGAAAGAAGCCAAAGAUCUCCGAGACACUGCAGAUCGUCUAAAGAGCUCUUGCUUUGGUUUUGAAAGCAAUGAAGCUUACUUCCAAGCUGGCUUAAAGUUUCUUCACGGAGCUUUACUUCUGGAUAAUUGCAAUGGUGAGGGUGGCAGAAAUGAGGAGAUGAAUCCAAUUCAAGCGUAUGGCACUGCAGCUAAACUUUGCGAGCUCUGUGCACUUCAAUAUGAAGCACGCCAAGAGAUGGCUGCUGCUGCUUUGGCCUACAAAUGCUCAGAGGUGGCAUACAUGAAGGUGGUCUAUUGUAAACACUCUAGUUUGAACAGAGACCGGCAUGAAUUGCAAGCAACUUUACAUGUGGUUCCUCAAGGUGAAUCUCCAUCAUCUUCUGCUUCAGAUGUUGAUAACUUAAACAAUCUGGCAACUGUGGAUAAGGGUAAUCUAUCUAAGGGUACCGGUUCUUAUGUUGCUGGAAACCAAAUAAUUGUUGCUCGAAACCGCCCUCAGUUUGUUCGACUGCUUGACUUCACACAGGAUGUAGUUUUUGCAUUGGAGGCCUCUAGAAAGUCCCAGGAGGCUUUUGCAGCUGCCAACGUAAUCCUGGAAGAGGAACAAAAUAGGGAUUGCGUUACUUCUGUUAAGAGGGUCAUUGAUUUCAGCUUCGAAGACAUAGAGGAACUAGUACGUCUGGUUCGGAUUGCAAUGGAGGCCAUAAGUUGUUCAGGUUUUGGUGCUGCUAGAGACUAAGUCAACCCUGUAUAUAUACUGUUUUUCCCAGUUUUGUUUCCCCUAAUGAGGGGACAUUAGGAGAAGGGGAAAAAGAUGCCUACAUAAGCCUGCCCUGGGAAACCUACAUAGAGGCAGUUUCCAGUUGUUUCCUUCGGGAUUACUCAUAAAAAGAAAGCCAAAAAGUUGGUGGCCACUUAGAAGAAGAAGAAGAAGAAGAUAUGGUUAGUGGCCCAAAUGUGGAUUAAUUUCUGUGGCUAAGGGUGGUAUUGGAUUCUCUUUGCAACUAUUGAGUUAAUUGAUCUUGGAUGAGGAAGCAAAUUUUGCAGUUCUUGCUAGCAGUUCUGCUGCACAGACAUGCAUAAUUGAUCUUUGCACAAGGUUGACCAUUUCUCCCUCUUAAUUCAGUUUUGAUUGAACCGGAUAUUAUGUAGUCGCAACAUUUUAUGUCCUGUGGCGAAUAAGUUUAUAAGUCUGUAUUUUGAAGAAAGUUUAAAUGUAAUUGUAAUGGUUGGGGGGAGUUCUCCAGAAAUUUCAGAUUUGAGGUGGGUAGGGGCAACUGGAUCAUUUUUUGGCAUGACUUGUGGUGUGGGGAUGAGGCCUUGAAGAAUGCUUUCCCCUCUCUCUUUAGAAUUGCUUUGGAUAAAGGCGCGCCGUGGCUGAUUACACGGACAACACUGCUGGUUUUAUUAGAUACGACCAAGAUUGGGAGGUGCCACAUUACCCAUUUUUACAGCUAGCUCUAUGCUUUAAAUAUAAAAUCUGGAGGGAGAUAUAGAUUACUUUGGAAUCAGUUUGGUAAUAAGAAAUUCUCGGUUAGAUCUUUGUACAAGGUCUUGCCGUCACAUUCUCAUUCUGAUUUUUCUCCUUGGAAAAAUAUUUGGAGAUUCAAAGUGCCUCUCAAGGUGGCUUUCUUUGGGUGGUUGGCUUCUCACAGGAAAAUUCGUACUGUUUAUAAGCUGAGAAAGCGUGACAUCGUUGCAAUGGAUUAGUGCUUUAUGUGUAAAAGGUGUGGAGAAUUGGCGGAUCACCUUCUUUUCCAUUGUGAUGUGUCGAAGGCUUUGUGGGAUGAGGUCUUUGCUAAGCUUGGAAUUGCUUGGCAAUCAGCUGCAAGUGCUGAUGAUCGGCCUUCUCAUAGACCUUGCCUGUUUCUUUCUAUUUUCCUUCAUGUAUCAUUCAUUUCCUGAUAAAUUGUAAUAAAAGCACAAUGUUAUCCUUGAGAUCUUUUUACUUUUUAAUCUUAAAAUCCAAGUCAACUUGAAUUCUCGAAUUGCUUCCAAGUCUAGUAAGCUC